AUGAAAUGGUUUAGACUAUGCAAAAAUUCUCCGGUAACAAAUGUUGAAUCUAUUAAUUUUGAUUUAAAACCAAAUAAUGUAAUACUUCGAAUGUUAAAAGUAAUUCAAUUACGAUCGGAUGAAAUUCAAAAUGUAUCUGCUGCAAAUGGAGCACGAAAUUUUGUGACGCAACCACCAAUAUCUUAUACCGUGGAAGAGGGUGACACAUUGCACAAUAUUGCUAUUUCAAAUAAUUUUACAUUGGAUGAAAUGAAAGUAGCAAAUCCUAAAAUUGAAAAUUAUAAUUUCCUACGUAUAGGACAAAAAAUAAAACUUCCAGGCAAAUCUAAUAACCCAGAUCAUUUUACCUGCGAAAUGUCUAGUCAAGCACAACAAACUGAUUCUGCGUAUCUUGUUGCCUACGGGUGUGCAAAGGCUAAUCGCGAUUUUCAAGAAGUUUACCAAGCUUCACCGAAAGAACCAAUGAUCGAAAAUAAUAUUAAUCUGAUAUCUUUGAGUGGUGUUACGCCUAGACGAUAUUUGUUAAAUGUUGAAAAAGUUUUGUUAACUCCUGAACAGCUCGGGAAUGGCUUUUUACCCGAUUUUCGAGGAAAACGUGAGGGAAGAGUACCGAUUACACAAGAAGAUGUUGAUAAGUUAACAGAAGCUGUUCGAUGUAAAUUCUCAUUCAAAACAGAAGACAUGCAAUCCUUGUGGCGAGAUGUGCUACGCGGAGCAUUGAUACAAAAAUGCCAAAAAUAA